AUGUCCGACUCGGAUUCCGACUCUGCGCUCUCCUCUGCGCCGCCGACCGAGGACGAAAUGAGCGUCGAAACUGCGCCUGUAAAGACGGCGAAGGCUGCACCCUCGAAGAAGAAAAAGAACAGCACCAUCCUGACCUUCUUCAACAAGAGGUCCCCCUCGCCGCCACCGAGACAGCGCCCGGCGUCGCCGCCCCAUGAAUAUGUCCCAGAAGACAAUCCAGACAUCGCUUUCGUAGUCAUGUUCCGGUCACGAUUCAACGAAGCGUUUCCUCGCAACGCGCCCCAUGUUGGGCCCCAGGACGUCGAGCUGGGUGUCGCAGAGGGUACUCCGUCACCAGACGUUGAAGGCCUCCUUUGCGCCUUGCUUGGGCUGGUUCUGAAUCGCAAGAAGCCUGUCGAAAAAGGUCACUAUGGCCGAGCCCUCGAAGAAGCGAUCCAGACACAGAAAUCACAGUGGCCCACCAAGUGGAACCGCACGAACCCCCUCAGCGGCAGUCGCUCUUUCAACACCAUGACACCGACAGAGCGCAUCACCCUCCUCCACACCCUCUGCCUCUGGAGUUUGAACCAGAGCGAAGAAGUCAAGGCCAUGAUCGCGCAAGCCUACAAAUCACGCACCACGAAAGACAAACUCGACACAAACAUACCGCUGUCGGUGCAGCCGUGGGGUCGCGACGGAGAGAAGCGCCGCUACUGGCUGGUCGAGGGCCAGAACGACACGCAUUUCCGCGUCUACCGCGAAGGCAACCCGCACACAGCCAAAGCGACCUGGUGGAGUGUCGCUGGGUCUAUCGACGAACUGAGGGUGCUGGCGAAGGCCCUGGACGAGGACGACGGCCAUAGGGAGGCUAAGACGCUCAGCGAGCGCAUGAUCAAUGCCGUACCACGUUUCGAGGCCUCGGAAGUGAAGCGCAAGCGCCGCGAAUACCGUGUAAACCGAACUGCAGCCUUCACCCGCCCCGAACCAGGCUUCUCGCUCUACGAAGGUCGCACGCGCGGCAAGCGCCAGCGAUACACAUACGAUGAAGGCGAUGACUUCGACUCUGACGAUGCUCCUGUUCGUCGAUCAGGCCGACAGUCUGCUCGAGACUCGUCGCCAAUGCACUCUGGUCCUACUGUCACUGCCAGUGGUCGACAUGUUCGGUCUCGCGCGGCCGGCACGUAUGGCGAAAUCCUACACAGCGGACAGACUACUGAUCGAGCGUCCCCUGCUACUGGAGAGUACAUGCGGUCGGAUGCAUCAGAGGAGCCGCGCCAGAAUCGAGCUACACGUGCCGGUAACCGCUCAGGCGGUAGCCAUCUGAACCGCGAAAUGGACUCCGAAGAGGAUGAUGACGCCACGUCUUGGGAGGGCGGAGACGAAGAAGAGGAGCCUGAUCAGAUGGACGCGGAUGGCGACGACGAGGAUGACCUUGCCGACCAGUCGUCUGGGGAAGAGCCGGAGCCCCAGACUCUCGUCGUUACUCUGCAUUACCGAAGUAAAGACUCGAAUACUGCUAUUGAACCGAAGCCUGAUCCAGCGUCUUUCAACGGCACGACACUUCAAGAGGACGUCCCAAUGGCAGGUGCCGACGGGCCCCGUCAACCAGAAGCUCCUGCCGUCGCUGCUGCUCCACCAUCCGUUUACUCCGCAGCACCUCCUCUACCACACGUCAUUCCUGCCGCUAUAACCAAUGGUUUCUCUGCUCAACAACCUGAGGUCGUCCUUGCACCUAAGGUUGAGCAGCAGCAGCAGCCCCCAGUCGAGUUGAAAGCUCUGCCCAAGUUGGACGGUUUCUUCUCCGCGCCAACACCGCCCUACAGCGCAACGCAAGAGGCGCUCAGGCAAGACCCGUCCCCAUCCCACCCGACCAAGCCAGAGGCGCCCCAACAACCGCCCUAUUCAACAACUCUACCAGUCCCUGCGUCGACCCCCAGCUGGCAAUAG